AUGAUAAAGGUCCUCGUCCUGCAAUUGAAUUCUCGUGAUGGAGCUAUGGUGCCUUUGGUAGAAGCCUUCCUGAGCUUUAUGAAUCCUCAGACAUUAGCAGAAGUCAGGCGGCUGAAUUGUGAUGGGGAUAUUGAUCAGCUACGAGAAUGUUUUGGGACAAGGAUGAUGUUUGGAACAGCGGGGAUGCGAUCAACCAUGGGACCAGGAUUUUCCCGCAUGAAUGAUCUUACAAUUAUUCAGACAACACAGGGUUUGUGUAGGUGCCUGGAAAAAUCGUUUCCAGAUAUAAAAGACCGAGGUGUGGUGAUUGGGUUUGAUGCACGUGCUCACCCUCCCAGUGGAAGCAGCAGCAAAAGAUUUGCUCGAUUUGCAGCCACUGUCCUGGCUAGCCAAGGAAUUCCUGUAUAUCUGUUCUCUCGGAUUACACCAACCCCACUUGUGCCAUUUACAGUAUCCCAACUGAAGCUGUGUGCAGGAAUCAUGGUAACAGCAUCUCACAAUCCCAAACAAGACAAUGGUUACAAGGUUUACUGGUCUAAUGGAGCUCAGAUUAUUUCACCUCAUGAUAAAGAAAUUGCAAAAGCCAUUGAAGAAAAUUUGCAGCCAUGGUCAGAGUCAUGGAAUGACAAGUUUGUUGACAGCAGUUCCCUCAUUAAAGAUCCUUAUGAAGAUAUGAAAAGUAAAUAUCUUGAAUGCCUGCAGAAGCAUUGCUUUCACAGGGAUAUAAACAAGGAAACUAAACUUAAAUUUGUACACACAUCUGUACAUGGAGUCGGACAUGAAUUUGUACAAGCCGCUCUUGCGUCAUUCAACUUCACCAAUCUCCUUGCAGUUCCAGAGCAGAAAGAUCCUGAUCCAGAGUUUCCAACUGUCAAAUACCCAAAUCCAGAAGAAGGAAAAGAUGUACUG